CAAAUCCCUAGUUUCUCGUCUCGUCCUGUGACUCCUCCGUGCCGGCGGCCCGACCGGCUCCUCCGCCGCGCAUCCCCAGCCUCCUCCGUGCCGGCGGCCCGGCACCCGCCAUUCGACAGCCCGGCCGGCUCCUCCGCCGCGCAUCCCCAGCCUCCUCCGCGCCGGCUCGUCCCUAGUUCCUCAAUGUCCGCUGCCGGCAGUUCGUCCGCGUGGAUGGCGGGUGAGCUCCCGCUCAUAACAUGUCCAGAUUGCAAAUGCCGGCAGGUGCAUGUUUUCUUGUCGACCACCGCCCUGACAUGUUCUUCUACAAAUGCAUGAACCACAAUCCAAAGGUGAAAGGGGGGUGUGAUUUCUGGCACUGGGAGAAAUCGUACUGCAAGUACUUGGUGAAGAUGGGAUAUAUGGAGUCAAAUGAAGUGGAUCAGUUGAGGUCUGAGAAGAGCCCUGAGAUGAGGACAGUAGGCAGGGAAGAAAUGAAGUUUGCAGUCAGAGAAGCAAGUGUAUCAGUUGGGCUUGGGAAAGAAAUGCUUUCAAUGUUGAAACUAGCUGUGUUGCUUUUAGCAGGGAUUUUUGUACUCUGUUUAGUUAUUGUAAUCAAGAUGUGAAAAAUGCAUGUAUGAAUGAAUGCUAUGGUGUUGAAUGGAAAAUUUGAAUGCAUAGUAUAAAUUUGGCUUGA